AUUUAUUUUCCUGUUUGGUUUGUUUUGUUUAUUUACUUAUUUACGUAUUUUUUUAAGUUAUUACCACAUGGCUUGUCAAGCUAAAUUUACAACUGAUGAUUUUCUUUAUUCUCAUCGUUCCCUUAAUUAUUCAUGAAGUUUCCCCUUUGUUAAAACCUUGUUUCCUUUUUUCAUAAUUGCUAACUUUUUUCAUUUUCAGAGGUUAAAAUUAUACUCUUUGAUUUUCCUUCAGCAGGAUAAAAUACCCGUAAUUUCGUUAUCUUUUCAAAACCUUAUCAAUAUUUUAUGAAGGCUCUCUUAAACUUCUCAGAAUGUUAUCAGACUUCAUUAUGUGCGCAUUCAUUAAAAAUUUAUUAUCUUUGCUGCUAUGGAAAAACGAGCCAAUCAAUCUGUUGACAUUUGACUAACAAAUUGAUUCAAAAGUGAACAAAAUGAGACGCCAGUCGAGCCAACUUCAAAAUUUGAGCAAAAUCGAUAAAUCGACUUCCAAGACUUCAAACAAGACUGAAAAAACGCCGACAAAAACUGCAUCUAUAAACACGUCUACUUUGUCAGAUUCGAAUGGCCGAAUCAAAUCCACCUGGUCGUUUCGCCGAAAGAAUCUUCGAAGCAACAAUUUGGCCAACUUCACCACUAUGAGUCCAGAACCGGCAGCAGUGAGUCCAAAAGUGUCCGUUCAUUUUUACAGUUUUGCGGAAAACUCGAGCGAGGCAAAAGUUGUGCCUGCAUCAACGGUGGACGAAUUUCCGUCGCCGCGUAGUAUUGAUUCUACCAACUCGUCCAAUCGGCCGAGACAAGAGUGGGCUAACAGCACAUCCUCGAGAUAUAAACGCCAGAAUCUCGUGAGUGGUGCACGUCACAGUUCUCAAUGGUCCACUGAUACUUCCGAAGGACCAGUUAGCCGAAAUAUUUCGACCGAAGAGCAAGGAUGGUGUGUGGAAAGUCCUUUGCUUUCGACUAGUGGAUACGAAAACGAUAGUUUUGAACAAGAAGCUUCGAGCGAACCGAUUAGCCGUCUUCAGAAAUUACGAGGACUGUUUUACUCGUCUCGCGCGUCAGCGAUGUCGGCUCUCAACUCAAUGCGCAAAAUCAGUACUAUGUCUUCUAAUUCAACCCAAGAAGACUUAAAAGAGGCAGCCUUUCAAGCAACUGACGGUGUCCAAGAUGAUAGCUUUUUUCACUUGUUUCGUUCGUCUAAAUCCAAAUCGUCCAAGCGCAAUUUCUCAGCUGGAGAUGCAUUGCUCGCUAUUUCUCCAGCCAAUCAGAAAGGAGACUCAAAGUUGUCGCUGCCCGCCAAGACGAGUGUUUCUAGGCCGACACCUCGAGUGGUAAUUCGCGAGGAAUCCGAAGACGAUCCGGUUAGUAUAGACGAUUUCGUCAGCUCUCGGAUCGAAACGCAGCCGAGUUUCUCAAACCCGACUCGAAGAAAUUUGUCUCAAACGAGUGGUUCGAGCACCAACGACAGCUUUGAUUCAUGCGAUGCUUACGGGUUCCGUUACAAUACAAGACGACAAACUGUGAUGCGAAACCCAAAAUGGCAAGGGGGUUUCGGGGCAGAUUUAAUUGAAGAGGGAAGGGGGGAAGUCGGCGGUGGUAAUUGUGAGUUAGGAGAGGCUGGAAGUGAGACUGAGGUGCAAGAUUCAGGUGGCAUAGAUUGUCAUUCCGCAACAAAAGGGGAGCGUCGCAGUUCCACCGGAAGGCAAAAAACGGCGGGAAAAGAGAAAAAUGUUUCCCAGGAGGAUUUUGUAAUUAAAAGGGGAAACAAAGGCCCAACAAAUUACAAUUGGAGAAGGUUCAGAGCUGAUAAAUCUACCCUGACAUCAGGUGUGGCUUCUAGUUAUAGCAGGAGAUAUUCACCAACUUACAUAUCUAAAUUUGGGGCGAACAAAUCGGCAGACAAAAUGGAAAAAGAAAAAGAAAUAAUGGGCCAGUUACCCAAACAAUCGCAUUUACUGGCCUCGUCAUCAACUAAAGCUAAUAAACAUAGACGAGCUAGCGCACAUGUUAGUAAAUUAUCGAAUACUUCUACCGAUACUGCUUCCAAUUUUGCACAGAAAAGCAGAAUCAAUCGGAGCAAUAGUGAUGCCAUGGGUGAAUCAGAAGGUGCCAGGAAAACUUCCGAGGACACCGAAACGAAAGAAGCUGAGCGGAACUCAUCGCCGAAUAAACGCACGAAAUCUUCUGAAAAACGACGAAGUUCAAGACCUCGGUUACGUGAAACGCUUCUUACGUUAAAAGACCUGGACAUUUUCAAACGAGGCGCUUUUUCUGUUGAUUCGCAUAGCAAUACGUCGCCGGUUGCUAGCCCCGGAGAGCUAGACGAAGGAGCUGGUUCCAAAAAGGAGUCCAAAAAACCGAGGGGGAAUAUUUGCAGGUCUCUGACAGCAGACUGUUCUGGACCUGAAACUGCGUCCCCCUCGGUGGGAGUCGGCGGGAUUCCGAGGAAGAAUGAUGUGUUGGGACAGAUGACUGACACGUCAACAGAUGCGGAUAUGUCGAGCCGAGAGCGAGAGAAACGAAGAGAUCGCCCGCAGAUCAAAAGAAGCCAGGCUAUCAAUGGUCCACGCUUACUUGGACUGAAGGGAGGUUCCACAGGAGUCAGUUGUAGCAACUCAUCUUCAGUCGACACCCCCUCAAGCUCCACCCAACUCAGACCCCGCUCCCCCUCCCCUUCACAAAAGGCGCAAUGUGGGUCUUUAAAAAACGCUUCAACCGAGAACAACAGUGACGGGGGUGGGGGUUGUGGAAACAGUGGUCUGGGGGGAGUCGGGGCGAUGGAGAAUGUAGUGAUGCGCUCUUUCCUCUCAGUGCUCGACGAAGCCAGAUCCAGGAAUAGCUCGAUAAGACCUAGCAGCACACAGUCUCUCGUACCGCAAAUCGGUAAAACCACCGACGAAGAAGAUAGCAAUAAUAAACACUCGGUCAAAGUGUCCAAGCGAAAUCCGAGUCCGAACCGACUCACUGUCGACUCGGCUACCGACCGCCGAAGUUCCACAAUGGGCAGUUUCUUCCGACGUCGGCUGAGCAUAGACGCACACAGUGCCCCCACCAGAAAGUUAAGUGUUGUGAACAGCAAUAUGCUUAGCAACAAUCCUGAGUCAUCGUCACGUGAGAGUGUGUCCAGUUCAGCGACGGGUUUGAACCGAACCAAUUCGGGUGAGAUUCUGCAAUGCCCUCGUUGCAAGUGUCAACUGGUCAGAUCGGGGGGCAAAUGGGUGGAUCAAAGCGACAAAAACGGCAGUCGAAGACAGAGCAGCGUAGUGGGGGGAAGUCUGCUCGACCUACAACCACUACUUCAGAACAACAGUGGGGGCAAUUCGAACAAGAAGAGUAGCGGCGAUUGGGGCGGCGGAGGCGAGCCCUUGAAGCCCAAGUACGCUUCUGCUAUCAUUCCAUCAGCCAUCGCUCAACUUCUCAACAUGAACACUGAAGAGAAUGGGAAGAGGAACUGCGGCAGUCUGCACUUCAGAAUCAACUACGACUUCUCCAGACAGACUUUGUUGUGUUCAAUCAUAGAAGCCAAAGACCUUCUCGCCAAAGACAGGGGAGGCACCAGUGACCCUUAUGUGCGAGUGAGUUUGCUGCCGGACUCUAGCAAGAAGAAAAGACAACAGACCAAGGUCGUCUUCCGGUCACUCAGCCCCUCCUGGAACGAGACACUCGUGUUCAAUGGCUAUCCCCAUGACAAACUGCAGAAGCGGGUGCUACACAUGAUGGUGCUGGACUACGACAAGUUCAGCCGAGAUGACGUCAUCGGGGAGAUCAACGUGCCACUGAAUGAAAUUGACCUCUCACACCCCCUCCAGAUGUGGAAGGAACUCAGUCCCAUUUCCAAGGAGAAAUACAGGCGGGGUGAGAUCUUGAUCACGCUUUCGUACAACCCCCUCACAGGAAUCCUGGCGGUCACAAUAGUCAGAGCGAAAGACCUCAAACCUAUGGACAUCUCGGGUACAUCAGAUCCGUACGUCAAAGUAUACAACAUGUACCAAAACAAGCGAGUGCAGAAAGUGAAAACAUCCUGCAAAAGUCACACACUUGACCCCGAAUUUGAGGAGAAAUUCACGUUCACAGUGCCGACAAACAAACUGGACGACACUCUAAUUGUAGUCACAGUCAUGGACAAAGACAUACUUAAAUGGAACGAAAAAAUAGGGAGUGUGACUCUUGGAAAGAGAGGUGGUCAAAAAGAGACUCAACAUUGGCGAGAGAUGCUGGCCAAACGCAGACAGCCAAUCACUAUGUGGCACUACCUCAACACAGACAUGGAUUGACACAACUCAUGGCUUAUUCUGUUCACACUUUUGACCUCUGAGCUAAAUUUAUCAAUCUAAUAACAGAAAAUGAAAACUAAAUCUUCUCUGCAAUAACGAAUAGCUUACAUAUGACUGAAAG